CUUGUGAAACGUUUCGAACAAAUACAUCCGUCUGUUUGCCGCACUCGCUUUGAUUAAACAGAAGAAAGCCAAAGAUAACACUUGAAUAUGCCGUUCAUCUCAUUUUGACCUCACACCAAAUCGAGAAGAAAUAGCUUCGAUGGCGCUUCAGCUUUCAACUCUACCCUUACAUUCUCUCACUAACUCCUUCCACGUCGUCUAUUCCCUUACCAAAACCAAAUCGUCUUCUUCUAUUUCAGCUCUCGCCUCCACUCCAUCUUUCUCCUCAAUUCAGAUUGUUGGUGGCCAAAAAUUGACUCAGCAUGGAAAUUCACAUUCCAAUGGCGGCUUUCAGAGCUACGAUGAAGAGUUUGAUUGGGUUGAUUUAGAUGCUGAUCUUUACUACUGGACCAAGUCGUUGCGGCCCGUUCAGUGGUAUCCUGGUCAUAUUGCGAAAACUGAAAAAGAACUUAAAGAACAACUCAAGUUGAUGGAUGUUGUCAUUGAAGUGCGUGAUGCUAGAAUUCCCUUGUCCACUAGCCAUCCUCAGAUGGAUUCGUGGCUCGGUAAUAGGAAAAAAAUUUUAGUGUUGAAUAGAGAAGACAUGAUAUCUACAGCAGAUAGGAAUGCCUGGGCUACUUAUUAUGCAAUGCAGGGAACUAAAGUUAUUUUCUCCAAUGGACAACUUGGAAUGGGCACAAUGAAGUUGAGUCGGUUAGCAAAGACACUGGCAACUGGCGUUAAUGUCAAACGCAGAGCUAAAGGGCUCCUUCCUCGUCCGGUGCGAGCUGGAAUAGUUGGAUACCCGAAUGUUGGGAAAUCAUCUUUAAUCAAUCGUUUGCUAAAGCGACGAAUGUGUCCAGCUGCUCCCAGACCAGGUGUUACAAGAGAAUUGAAAUGGGUUCAUUUUGGUAAAGAUCUUGAAUUGUUGGAUUCUCCUGGAAUAAUCCCUAUGAGGAUUAGUGAUCAAGCAGCUGCAAUAAAGCUCGCCAUAUGUGAUGACAUUGGAGAGAGAUCCUAUGAUGUUGCUGAUGUUGCAGCGGUUCUUGUCCAAAUGCUGACAAGGAUUCCAACAGUAGGUUCAAAGGCACUUCAAAACCGUUACAAGAUUGAUGUGGAUGGUAACUGUGGUAAAACAUUUAUUCAGAAGCUUGCUCUUCAUUUGUUUAAUGGGGAUGCCCACCAGGCAGCAUACCGGGUCUUGUCAGAUUUCCGGAAGGGAAGGUUUGGUUGGACUUCACUGGAGAGGCCCCCCAGGUAAUGUCUCAGGGUGCUAGCUUUGGGUCCAAGAUGAUUUAAAGCUUCUGUGAGCACCACCUGAUGCCUCGAGUGCUGAAAGGUGAAAGCUACCAACUAGAGAAUUUAGAAACCCUAUAGGUUUCAUUCGGUUGACUGAGGUGUCUUAGUAAAUAGAAUAGCUUCAAUUUGUUGUAAUUAUAUUGGUCAAAAUGACAAACAAGGCUGCUAGUAAGUUUCAGCGGGGCCAAAAUUGUAGAAUCAUAGUGGAAAUGGGGUUAGUUAUACUGGAUCAUAUUAUUACUUCCAUUAUGUUUUCGUCCAGGCCGCCCAAGUGUAUCAAAGGCUCUUACCAUAUUUUGUACUCUCGUAUAACAAAUGUUUGUGAAAAACUGAGCUCCAAAUUUAUGUACUUCACAUUUGAUUUAUCGACUUAAAAGAGCCGCGAUUGUUUGGCAAA